AAUGAUUUAAAAUUAAUGUCCUAUGCAUUUAUCUUCACUCUUAUGAGGGCUGUGAAGUGAUAACCUAACACCACUGUUUACCCAACACCUGUAUGAGCUAGCGUAGAUAUUACUCUGCUGUCCUCUAUUCUACCCCACAGCUACUGGAGUUCCCAGCCAGAAUCUUUAGUUAAAUGAGAUCAUGAUUCUGGAAGGAAGUGGUGUGAUGAAUCUCAAUCCCAACAGCAAUCUCCUCCAUCAGCAGCCUUCCUGGACAGAUGGCUACCCCACGUGCAAUGUUUCUAAUGGAUUUUUUGGAAGUCAGUGGCACGAGAUACAUCCUCAGUAUUGGACCAAGUACCAGGUGUGGGAAUGGCUCCAGCAUCUCCUGGACACCAAUCAACUGGAUGGCAGCUGCAUUCCUUUUCAGGAGUUUGAUAUCAAUGGUGAACACCUGUGCAGUAUGAGCUUGCAAGAAUUCACCCGGGCAGCUGGAACAGCUGGGCAGCUCCUUUACAGCAACCUGCAGCAUCUAAAAUGGAAUGGUCAGUGUGGCAGUGAUCUAUUCCAGUCAACACACAAUGUCAUUGUUAAGACAGAACAAACAGAUCCUUCAAUCAUGGCGACUUGGAAAGAAGAGAAUUAUUUAUAUGACACCAACUAUGGUAGUACAGUAGAAUUAUUGGACAGUAAAAGUUUUUGCCGAGCCCAGAUUUCCAUGACAACUACUGGACACCUUCCUCUUGAUUCUCCUGAUAUGAAAAAGGAGCAAGAACACCCUCCGAAAUCCCAUACCAAAAAGCACAAUCCCCGAGGGACUCACCUCUGGGAGUUUAUCCGAGAUAUUCUCCUGAAUCCAGACAAGAACCCGGGGUUAAUAAAAUGGGAAGACAGGUCUGAGGGCAUCUUCAGAUUCUUGAAAUCGGAGGCAGUGGCUCAGCUGUGGGGAAAGAAGAAAAACAACAGCAGCAUGACAUAUGAAAAACUGAGCCGUGCCAUGAGAUACUAUUAUAAGAGAGAAAUUCUGGAACGAGUUGAUGGACGGAGACUGGUAUAUAAAUUUGGAAAGAAUGCACGUGGGUGGAGAGAAAAUGAAAACUAAAGAUGUCGACAGUUUAAACCAAAAAUGAAACACACACAACCACCAACUGCAAAGCAACAAUUCCUGGGCGUAAAUAUUUCAGAGACUAUUUCCUUCUAUUUAUGUACCAAAAGGGAAAAAAAAUCUACUUCUAAAGGAGGAAGGAUCAUUACAGUUGUUAAAAUUAUUUUGUUAUUUGAAGUAUGUCCUGUAUGGGGAAAAAAUGUACACAGUUUUCUGUGAAAUAUGAUGCAGUACGUGGUUCUGAUUUAUU